AUGACUAAAUAUCAGCUUCCCUUUGAGCUUGACGACCCAAGCCUUCUGCACUUUGACUCCUUUGUCAACAAUGAGUGGGUUACGGCAGAUGACGGAAGUCGAUUUGAAGUCAUAGACCCCGGCACCGCGAUUCCGUGGGCCAGCUGCCCCAAUAACUCCGCUGCCGAAGUUCCCAGGACGGUUGAAGCCGCCCAUACUGCCUUCGAACAAUUUAAGAAAGUGAACCCUCGCACCAGAGCGCAGCUCUUGAUGAAAUGGGAUACCCUGAUCCGCGAGGCCCGCUCCGAUCUCGCCAAAAUCCUCACCCACGAAACUGGGAAGCCCAUCGCGGAGGCUUGCGCUGAAAUCGACUAUGCCCUAGGCUUCACAUGGUGGUUUGCCGGGGAGGCAGAGAGGAUUCAGGGUGGAAUUUCCAUAGCCUCGGCUCCAAACAGGCGCGUGUUCACAUUUAAACAACCAAUUGGCGUCGCAGCGGCGCUGGUGCCAUGGAACUUCCCCAUUGCUAUGGUGUUGCGAAAAGCUGGCGCUGCAUUUGCCGCCGGAUGCACGAUGAUCGUCAAGCCCAGCCCCGAAACACCUAUUACCGCUCUCGUCCUUGCCCAUCUCGCUCAAAAGGCUGGAUUUCCUCCCGGCGUCUUCAAUGUUCUUACAACCGAUCUGAAUAACACCCCGCCUCUCAGCGAAGCCCUCUGCAAACACCCACUCGUCAAGAAAGUGACCUUCACUGGCUCCACACGUGUCGGCAAAUUGAUUGCCGCUCACUGCGCCUCAGGCCUCAAAAAACUUACCCUUGAACUGGGCGGCAACUGCCCUUUUAUCGUCUUCGAUGAUGCCAACCUUGAGCAAGCGAUCAGCCAACUUAUGACUCUCAAAUGGCGACAUGCCGGCCAAGCCUGCAUCACGGCCAAUCGCAUCUACGUGCAAAGCGGCGUGUACGAGAAAUUCACCGACAUGCUCAAGGAUCGCACCAGCUCCCUUGUUGUCGGUCACGGUGCCAAGCAAGCCACUACCAUGGGCCCUGUUACCACACAGCGCAGUCUUGUUAAGGCCAUCACCCAGGUGGAGGAUGCGGUGAAGUUAGGUGGGAAGGUCAUUUUAGGCGGCUCACGGAACACGAGCUGUGGGGGUGGAUAUUUCUUUGAGCCGACGAUUAUCGCUGAUAUGAAGUCAGAAAUGUUAAUAUCGCGCGAAGAGACGUUUGCGCCAAUUGCAGCACUGUACAAGUUUGAGACGGAGGAGGAGGUGGUGAAGUGGGCGAAUGACACGAGUAUGGGUUUGGCUAGUUAUGCAUUCACGAAGAAUGUGGAUCGUAUGUGGAGGAUGUUGGAGAAUUUGGAGGCGGGGAUGAUUGGGAUGAAUACUGGCAAUUCAUCCGCCGCUGAGUCACCGUUUGGUGGUAUUAAGGAGUCCGGAUAUGGAAAAGAGAGUGGUAAAGACGUCGCUGUUGCUGAGUAUCUGAUUACCAAGACUGGGACCCUUACUCUAGAAGGGCAAUAUUAA